GGUCUGCUGUGGUGGUCAGUGGAAAUCCUCCAAGGAGAAACUUUAUUCUAUGUUUCAUAACUUCUGAACUCAAGAGACUUAACACUGGUCUCCUAAAACAGUGAUCAAUUCAAGAUUCAGAACUCUCAAAACCUUGAUUAUUUUCCUCAGUUUAUGAAGCAUGGAUUAAUUUUGGACAUUUGGCAGCAUGAACAUCCUCCUUAUCUCUUCACUGCUGGGUGCAUUUGUUCUGCAAGUUGUUUCGUCUGAAGGUACAAUAACAAACACAGACUCUGUGAAGGUCAGUGUGUCAGCGUGGCCCCCGGGCUCAAACAUCUACCUCCAUGAGAGCGUGCUGCUGCACUGCACCGUGGACUCAAACUCCAGCUUUGUGUGGAGCUUCAGAUGGUUCCGACACACCGCUCCGACCCCGAAUCCCAGACACCUGGUCUCAGGUGACAGCUACUCCAUCACCGCGGUAACGAGGGAGGACGAGGGCAGCUACCAGUGCGGAGUAGAGCAGAGGGAGAGGAACACCAGCUCCGUGGUGCUCCUCAGUCAGCCGGUUAAUGUCAGAGUGUCAGACACGCCCCCUCCCUCUUUGACUCUAACCCCCAGCAGCAGACACCUCUUCAGAGGGGAGACUUUCUCCCUGCAGUGCCCCGGCUCUCUGUCUAGCUCCUCUGGCUGGACUCUGAGGCGGUUCACCCCAGGACCUACAGUGAGGAGCAGACACGUCUACACUGACUGGUGUUCACCACUAGGGGGAGCUGGCAGUGCAGACCAGCCUGACACGUGUGUGUUCAAUGCUGCGAGAGAGACCAGUGGACUUUACUGGUGUGAAGGAGCUGAGGAGGGCCGCAGCAACGCAGUCAGCAUCGCAGUGAGCUAUGGCUCCAUCAUCCUCAGGACUCCGGCCUCUCCUGUUCCCGAAGGCGAUGCGAUCUCGUUGGUUUGUCAGUACUGGACGGAAUCCAACGGAACAACUAUCUUCUUUAAAAACGGAGCAGAAAUCCUCACUUCCACGACGUCUUCCAUCUCAGGCAGAGAGAUAAAGAUGAGGAUUGAGAAUGUGACUCAGGAGGACAAAGGCUUCUAUAAGUGUGCGUUCCCGGACAGACGGACGGAGAGUCCAGAGAGCUGGUUAUCAGUGAGACCUGAGCGAGGAAACUCUACAACAACAGAUGGGACAGCAGCUUCCACUGGCUCCUGGAUAUGGAUCGUUGUUUUAUGCAUACUUUUCCUUCUGUUGCUGAUUCCUCUCUCUGUUUGGCUCGUUCGUCGGUACAGGUAUCACACGGUUUGCACCUGUAGCUGUUGUCCGGUUUCUAAAGAGGAGCGUCCAGCUGUGGAGCUUCCUGUCACCAAACAGGAAGUGUCAGAGGUGCAGUGGGACCUGUCCUGGAUGGAGAUGUCCAACCUGCUGGAUAGAAACGUGUACCCUGACACCUAAAGGAUCCCUCUAAUCCCUAUUAGAUAGUUCAGUGGAUCCAGCUUCGACCACAAACUCAGACAGAGUGUUCAUGGUGUUGACAUUUCAAAAAGUGUCAUCCUGAUGAGUCAUCUUUGACUGUUGUGUUUUAAAAUGUAUUUCAAAGGUUUGCUGUUUUUUGAAGAUCUUUCUGUUUGCCAAUGAUGCAUCUCUUAAGCUUUAUUUGAAGGUUUUACACGCUUUUGAUUCUGACUUCAUGCCUCUCUUUAAAUUGUUUUAGUCCAACAUGAAUCCCUUCCAUUUAUUCAGCAUAGGUGCAAGAAGUGAGUUAAAGAAAAUAAACAAUGAAUACAACAGCGCAGUAUUAAAGUUUAGUAGUUUAGAGGUAAUUCCAAGUGCUUUAAUUCAUCAACUUAGCACCCGGACGAGCAGUGUGCUUUUAAUGUUGUGACGAGCCAUACGAUAAAACAAUGCGUCACUACAGCGUCCAGUCGUCCUCCUACUUGUUGUAAUCCGCGAUCGCCAGCAAUUGUUUGUAAUCAGUUCGCCUCACGCUGCACUUCCUUGUUCUACACACAGGUAAGAGAGGGAGAGCGCUUGAUUACGUCACCCUUAUAUAGCCUCUCCCAGGGAAUGA